AUGUCCGUGAUCGAGAAUACACGAGAACGCAAUGAGAAAAAACUACACUUUACGCAGAGCGAAUGGAAAAAAAAACGUCCGAUCGGUAACGCGGUCGAAUGCGAACUGUGUGGUGAAAACUUGAUAGAACAAGAUAACGAAUUACAGCUGAUUUUAUCUCACUUAAACUCGAAAAAGCGGCCGUCUUCGUUAAUCGAAUUCGCCCUCCAUCGACAGAGUAUCCAUCACAUAGGUUCACUGCUGUACAAAGAUAAUAGACUCAUUCUACCAAAAGCUCUAAGGAUAAAAGCGUUAUCUUCCGCACACGCCGGACACAUUGGUGAAGUGGCGAUGAAGCGAAUAUUGCGACAGUUUUUCUGGUGGCCAUGUAUAUCCAAAGAAGCGGAGUUGUUCGUAAAAAUAGGUAAAACUUGCACAAUGCUAGCCAAGAAAAAUCCACCCAUUCCUAUAUCCAGUCGGACUCUACCAGACGGGCCUUGGGAAGAGUUGCAGAUUGAUUUCCUUUCGAUUCCUGGAUUCGGUACUGGAGAAUUUCUCAUUAUAGUUGAUACGUAUUCUAGAUUUCUGUCUGUUUGCGAAAUGCGUCGGACAGAUGCAGAUAGCACUAAUGCAGCGUUAUGCUAUGUUUUCAAACUGUGGGGAUUACCUAAAAUUAUACAGAGUGACAACGGGCCACCAUUCCAAAGUUCUGCAUUCUGCAACUACUGGGAAGAAAAAGCAGUAAUGAUUCGCAAAUCAAUUCCGUUAAGCCCACAAUCAAAUGGUUGUGUAGAACAUCAGAACCAAGGCAUAAUCAAAGCCUUGGCUGCUUCGAGAAUCGACGUGUCAAACUGGAGAGUCGCCCUUCAUAAGUACGUGCACAAUCAUAACACGUUGACCCCCCAAGCAAGACUGAAUGUUACCCCGUUUAAAUUACUAGUUGGUUGGAAAUUCCGGGGAACCUUUCCUUCGCUUUGGCAUACGGAUAAUGUUAAGUCUUUGAACAAGGAAGAAGUAAAAGAUCGUGACACUGAAGCCAAAUUUACAAGUAAAUCUUACGCUGACACUCGAAGAGGAGCUAAAGAUUCUAAUCUGCAAGUUGGAGAUAAAGUUCUUUUGGCACAACAAAAGGAAACCAAAACGGAUCCGAACUUCUCGUCCGAAUAUUACCACAUCGUGGCAAAAAACGGCGGAAAAGCAGUUGUUAUGCGCAAAAAUGGAGUUCAGUAUACCAGAACACUUGAUGACUUAAAGAAGGCAAACUUGUUGGAUAACACAGAUCAAAUUCCUAAUCCGGAAACUGUUAACGAUGAGAUCGAGUUAAAUGCUAGUACCGACACAGAGCAACGAUCCACUUCGAGAGAACUCAGAAGUCGUAGAAUUAAAGAAACUUAG